AUGCCUCCCCCCGCGGCUUCCAUUACCCCUCGGAUUGGCAAGAGCGACAAGGAAAGGUCCUUGUCCCUCAACGACGCUCUUUACAACCAUCUCGUGCUCCCUCCCCAACUCCCGCAAAGACAGGACGCCAAUUUAGAUGAACUUGAGAAAGCCCUCCUUAACCGAUUCCUGGUUUCUGUGAAGCACAUGCGAGACCUUCCCGGCAACGACCAGAGUUACGUUUGGAGCUUGAUCGAACGAGGCCUUCGUGCUACCCAAAGCAUUCAUGCCGGAGGUCACGUCGACCGAACUGCACUCAUUCGAGAGCUCAACGAUUUUGGAGAGUCGGACUUUCUGGUCGUCUAUGUACGGAGCCAGAACUGUGCUCUCUACGUCCGCCGUUCGCAAGAUGCUGUCUUUGGCGCCUCUGUCAUAUUCGAGGCCUUUGAGACUUCGGCACGCAAUGAGGAUGUACUAGCAACUGAAAAUGCGCUUCAGUGGGACUUUCCUGGAUGUGCAGUCGCAGUCCCCCUCGCUACAUUCCGUGAGAAUGGUUUCGUCUCCAACCUAGCCAAUUUCCUCGACAACGCUUCGCGAGAAUCACUCACUGAUUUCUCCGCACAGGCACUCAAGGCGGGAACAUCUAUGCCUGAGUUUCGAAACACAUCAGAACCUGCUCUCAUUUCCUCUAUGCUCAUGGCUAUUCUGCAACAAAACGGCCGCCGCCUCGCCCCAACUCUUCUACAGAAGAUGGUUCGGGACGAUGUACUGUGGAACAACGCAGAAAGACCAUGGAAACGACUUCCUUAUUGGCUCGUGCUGCGAGUUGUCAUCUCUCGAUACCUUGCUCAACGUUUGGAUGAGAUUGGGCGAGUUGAGUACAAGUUUUUGUUGGCUCACCUCUUCAGUGAAUUCCUCACACAUGUGCAGCAAUCGGGAGAAAUGCGACUUGACCGUCUCGACUUCCUCAAGAAAAAAAUUUGCCGGCGGCUAGUCAAGCUGGAAGUUGAGAAGGAUCGGUUUCAAGAUCUGGCCCAGAGAAUUGAGUAUCUAUUCACCCAACACGGUCCCGGAUUACAGAAUUCAAUUUCCAAAGCAAAUGCUUUCAUCGAAGCGUCGUGGAAGCACCAGAAGUUAGCCAUGACGAAAACGAUCCCUCCGCUACCGAAGCAAGCUUCUUUCGAGGAUAUGAAGUUAAACCUGAAGAUGAGUGGGUCUGCCCUCAACAAUAUCUGGAGAGGCUAUUCAAAGCCUUUCAAGUUCAAUACUGGGCGGCAAGGUACCACGAAUGUUGCACAGGCUGCGAAGCAGCAUCUUAGCUCCUUUGCUCUUGAGCACUUCAAGUUAACUGACAAAGAACUCACCAUCAUCAGCUUUUGCCAUGAGCAAAGCCUCCUUCCACACACAAAAGUCAUAGGCGCAGCUGCUUUGAUAAAUGAGUAUCUGCAACAAGCUUUUAGGGCCUACAAUGAAAUCCCCGAACUCAAGAGCACACUGGUCUUGAACAUCAUGGAUCUAUGGGUUACCAUGGAUAAGGCAGCCUGUGCGAUGUACCCACUCCUCACCGAAUUUCACCCUGUCUUUCGACCUGAGAUGCUUGAUAUUUUGCUACUUUCUACUUUCGAUGACAUGAAGCGACUGCAAAAGAUCCAGGUUUAUCUACAGGAUCGCAUUGCUGCUUGCCAAGGUUCAACAAUCAGCAUUUUUGACGAUCCCGUCCGCGGAUCAUUUGGUCAUCGCUUCUAUGAUGACUCUGACAUUUCUGAUGAGAUGAAGGACUUGCAUGAGUCAGUAGAGGCAUGGGCGACCCAUUUGCGAGACAGCAAAGAAAAGGAAUGGAAGAAAAAAAGUGAGGAGUACUCAAAGACAUCCAAAGUUAUCGAUGAGAGCACAUGCGUCUACAUGGUGGACGAGGACAAUCCUCACUUGCCCCCUUAUCAUGAUCGCGAUUGUCGUCGCUGCUACUUGAAGCGGCAGUUGAAGAGAAUUAGUAUCCAGGCCUACGAGCAUCCACUCCCUUCUGAUCCUCAUGUCGCGAAAGCUGUCAUUUUUGAGCUGCUUUGCCCGCAGACUUUGGCAAAAUAUCGAGAUGCUACAUGGACUAUUAUGUCAAUAGCCCUGCCAGCAGAGGAAGGCGUUGACCCGAAGUGCUGGGCGCGAGACUACCAACAGCUACAGAAGUAUGCCAAUGAAUCAUUGAUGAGCUGCUCUCUGGCAUCAGUCACUAAACCUUGUAAGUAUCCAGACUACCGUUACCCCUUCAAGGCCACCCUUAGGAUGAUGCCUGUUCAAGUCCGAGAAGAAUCAUACGUUGUCUCUACCCACUACAACUCGUUAGCAUUCCCUGUCGAAUGGGAUAACGGCAGAUACGGUGUUUGUCGACCAAACGGCUUGAAGUUGGCAUAUUGUGAUAAAAACUCGAAACAGUGGCCCAGUCGUCGGGGUCAUCUGAGCUUCUUACAUCAUGUGAAGCUUGAGAUACCCGACUCUUCCCCGUUCUCGCAGCAAGACUCUGCCUUCUUCAAGAGCAUUUACGGGCCAUCCUCUUACGAAAUCAUGGCCACAGCAUCGAGAUGCCCACAAGGUAUCAAUGUUCAUGAAUAUCUUGCAUUUCAGACGGUUGCAUCUGGAAAGUCCAGGCGCUGGCUAUCUAUUCUUGCCGAAUUGGCAUCGGCCAACCUGAACUUCUCCAAUGAGGCCACGAUGUUACUUGUCACUCAUCUGGCUCUUCAGUGUGGGCCCCUAGAUGAUUCCAGGGGUGAGUUUCGCAUAAUCCAUGAGGUUUUCCGAGACCGUUCAUUCUGUGAGACCUUCAUGGAGCAAAUAUCACAUCGCUUGGACAGCCUGGCGGCUAAUUGGAGAGAAAUCUACCUCAUGGAAACCAUCGUCACCUUCACCCUCCGUCUCCUCGACUUUUCCUGGGCCGCACGUAUGCCCGAUAUAUCUGAGCAGACAAUUUCCCUUUUGCUACGUGCCAGGAACACAUGUGUGCGUUGGUUCAAGCUCCUUCGUGCUGAAUCCUACAAGGUUGUCGAAACUGAGACAGCACGACGGUUCCAACAGUAUGGUCUUUGGGCUGCUCUAUUGUGCAAACGCACAUAUGUACCUCUGGCCUCUGGCCGUAUUGAAUUCGAUGAUACGUCUCUCGAGAUAUUCAUCCAGAGCAGUAUCACGGUAAAUGAUAGCCUUGUGGUUAAGCUAGAGGCGCUUCCCCAGCUCCUCCAGCAUGCAAUCAUUCGAGAUAUCCGACUUUCACAUCGACUUGCCCCAAUUGUGUCGAAGCGAAUUGUUGAUGGCUUGGAAGUCUUCCGGCGAUCCCUCUGUGAGAUGUGGCCCGAGGAAGAAGGAUGUCCUCGAGUUUUCUCGCGAGUGGAAUUGGCCUCAGAAGCGCCCGGUUGGGUAUUUUGCCGAUCCAGAACAGGCGACGGCGUGGACUUAAUCGAGCAGAAUGUUUCGUUCAACUGUGUUAGAGGACUGCUUCUUGUCGAUUUGCAACCGAUGGGAAAACUUCCAGAAGACCCGAAGUAUUCUGUUGUGCUGAACGAACUUUUUGGUAACCAAGCUCUCCUGACAUUCCCGUCACGUCGCCCGGAGAUGCAGUACAGCCUAUGUGUGAAACCUCAUGGAUAUCAAGUCCAUGUGGGAUAUGGUAGUGGAACGCGGGAGUUGAUUGUAAGAGCUUUCCGAGGAAACUAUGCAUUGCAACUGAUCCCACGUGAGAUCUUUCAAGGCGACUACCCCGAUCUUCCUGGUCCCCUUUUGCGUAAUUGCUUUCAUUGGAUGCACUUAAGAACGGGAGACAUUUUAAUAACCACCAAGGACAGACCCUGGCCGAAUGACCCUCACAAGUGGUACAUUUUGAGCCUCAAAGACUACACAUGUUCGAGGACGCGCCUUUACCGAGGCCUCCCUACAAAGGAUUAUAUUGUCAACCCGUCAAGUCCGCUCUUCAAUCGUAUUAGCCGAAUCCUAGACUCUCUUGAAGAUCGCAGCCAGAUAAAUGUGUAUCAACCUGGAGGAGACCGAAACCUUACCGUGGAGCUUCCAAGACUCAACAUCGUGUUCUACACUAACAAGAACCGUCUACUUCAGUCGCCUCAGCUACAAUGCCAAAUCGACAACGACCAAGAUGCUGGGACCUGGUACGGCCUCCGCAGUAAGCUCGUAUGUACUAGCCUUACCAAUCCGAUGCACAGGUCUAUCUUGGUGCCUCUCGGUCCCGUCUCUGCUAGGUCAGAAGGGUGUCAUGUUACAGUGAGGGUCGAACCCUCGGAUAAAUUUGGGAGAUUCAAUAUCAACAGCACACUUGGACGGAUCGACUGCGCGCCCGAACCUACACUGGUUUUCACUAAAGCUCUUCUCCAUGCGUACACAUCUUUUCUUCUGCCUGAUCCUUUGACUGGCCGCACUGGAACUGAAGAAGCUAUUGAGUGGCUUCAAGCGGGCAUAUCUCAACCAUGGUCCCCCCUUACCCCACCCUCUAUGUCGGUACUGCACAAGAUAGCUGGGCUAACGCCGAGAAGAGUGUACUAUCCACAAGAUCUUAAGGUUAUGCGUACAGAUACCUGGAUUGAGUCCCUUCCCAUCAUUCUUCAGAACUCGGCAUAUAGGCAAAUUGUGGAUCGUAUCCUUCAGGAGUCUGCAACUUUAGGAAUGUUCUCAGCCAAGGAACAGGUUAUUGUGAAGAUGCCAGAGCUCCCUCUUUCAGGGGAUAUGCAUCUACAUGCACGAGCGAUGUUUCGACAAGGUGCUGUUACAAGGUGUCCAGGGAUUACAUCCAGCUGCACACAACCAGCUAACCAGAAGUACAUGUCUCGAGAUCGCCCCUCAACAGUCAACAUCAUGCAUCGCAAUGUGCUUGAGGUCACAAAUCUGAUCCAGAAAUGGCCUCAGAGCUUCAAGACAACAGAUUGUAUUGCUCAAACUCUCUCACAAGGCAGCACUGUUGGUGGAUUUACAUCGGCCUUCAGUGGGACAUCCAUCAAUGAGAAGCUGAAGGUUAAUAUCCUUAAACAUUGGGGGUCGUUGGUCCGGUUUUCCCGUGAAUCAACAGAUCGAUACAAGUUGAUGUACCUCCUCGGGCCAAUGUCGUUCCAUCUCGACGCAAAUAUGCCACUUCUUCGAACCCUUGUUGCAUCCGCGGUAUUCAGUGAUCUGAAGGAUCUUGAAUUGCCUAAAUGGGAUGAGUUUGAUCAUUUCCAACCGAACCAGGCACCUCAGCUUGAUUACAUUCUGCAUCUGCUGAAGCCGUACAGAGUUACUGCGCCGGAGAACGACGCGAUGGGCUUGGGGCAGUAUUCGAGUGGAAAACUAUUACGCAAGUUGCAAAUCGAGCAAGCAAAACACGAAGCAAAAGUUGAAGAUGAUUGCAAGUACUUAGCCAACCACCUCCUCAACCAAUGGCCUUGUCUGGAACCAAAUGUCAGUGGUCUAUCUCGGUCUGUGCUGAUUGACAUCGGCCCUGCGCUGGAAGUUAUUCGUCCCGAGUGGAAACGCCUGUUCAUGAAUAAAGAUCUCACUGAGCAUCUCAAAGAGGUCCAGACAAUUCUUGAUAGACGAAACCUAGAAGAUCGAUACGAACCACAUACGGUUCCCUUAUCCGAGGAGACCUACACGGUAAGAAUGCGAGAUGGUACUGAGACCGUCGACCUUCGGCAACUUCUGGCCAAACCGUAUCGUAUUCUUAAGGUCGCGACAAGUAUGAAUCAAAUUCCUCCUGCAGGCUCGGUUAAUCGCCCAUUUUUGACUGAGAAGGACUUUUUCCCAGGGUUCGGCAAUUUCACUUGGCAAAGAAACACCGGUUCUGUGGCCAAGCCCCUUUGGCCUGGUCUUACAAGGCCUCAUAAUGCCCAAAUGGAGAAGAGUAGGUCAGAAUCAACUGUGAGAUCAGAAUCCAGUAUGAAAUUGAAUCUCAUAACCCAACGCUUGGGAGCAUCUCGGUCGGCUGUUCGGCGCCGUUAUGCAGCGGACUUCCAGAAGAGUCUCGCCGCCUUCCAGCACACUCCUUUGGCAAGUCUCAAAGAGUCGAUGAAAUCUCGAGAACUUGAGAUCCAAUCCAGUCUGGAGAAGGUCGAGGGCGACUUCGGGGCGAUCUGUACAGCCUUGGAAUCAAGUGGAAUGCUCUCACAAAGAAGGAUUUUUUGGCUCAAGGCAGGAAACCUGUGGCCGAUUGUGACCAAAGCUACACUUCUUUCUUGUCUCGGAUCGGCUGCUGAUGUCACACAAUUCGGAAGUGGAAUGAAAAAGGCCAUUUUAGAAAUGGGAGUUGGCAUUACGAAACACCAAAGACUGGUCCGACUUCAUGACCUGGCGUCCAAAAGCGUCUCGGGAAGAUACCACGAAGAGGAGUCCAAUGAGGGACACUCGAAUUGGAAGCCCGAAGAGCAUCCAGAUUGGCUCCUGUUAGAAAUAGAGUCGAAUAUGAUGAUCCGUCCUGUUCAAGUUGAUGUAGCUUUAGCCACAAUUUCCCCUGGGUCGGGAUCCAAUUCUGUGCUUCAGAUGAACAUGGGCCAAGGGAAAACCUCCUGUAUUAUCCCUAUGGCUGCGGCAGCACUCGCCAACAAGAAACAGCUUGUGCGAGUCAUUGUACCAAAAGCUCUUCUCCAACAAACAGCUCAGCUGUUGCAGGCCAGACUCGGGGGUAUACUUGGAAGGGGUAUUCGGCAUGUCCCCUUCUCACGUCGAACUCCGUCUACCGAGAAAAAUAUACGAGCCUAUCAUUCAAUCCACAGAGAUAUGCUCAAGUCUGGUGGUGUCAUGAUAUGUCAACCCGAACACCAGAUGUCAUUCAUGCUUAGCGGCCGACAGCGACUCCUGGACGAGCAGCCAGCGCAAGCAGGACCGAUGAUUAAAGUCCAAGAAUGGCUCACAAGGGUGUCAAGAGAUAUCCUGGACGAGUCGGACUAUACUCUCGCAGUGAGAACCCAGCUUAUCUACCCAUCUGGCGCUCAGACUACAGUUGACGGACAUCCACAUCGUUGGCUUGUAGUUGAAGCCGUACUGAGACUUAUUGAUAACCAUCUGUAUGGUUUGUCAAGGUCUUUUCCUCACUCCAUCAGCGUUAUGAGGCGAAACGGUGGCGGCUUUCCCUUUGUGUUCUUCCUCAGGCAAGACGUUGAGGAUGAGCUGGUCCGAAGACUUACAGCAGACAUUUGUCACGGUGCUGGUGGGAUUCUACCUCUUACUGAACAGGCAAUGGCAACUAAAGACAGGGUCGCUGUCAAGAACUUUCUCAUGCACGCUCGACCGAGCGCUGCAAAUAUAGAGCGCAUCCGGAAUCUCUCGCCAGAUAAGCCUAGCUUGAAGCAAACAAUUUAUCUUCUUAGAGGCCUCCUCGUCAAUCGCAUCUUGAUGAUGACCCUCAAGAAGCGCUGGAAUGUAGAGUACGGUCUCCAUCCCCACCGCGAUCCUAUAGCAGUGCCUUUUCAUGCCAAAGGUGUUCCGAGCGAUCAAUCCGAAUGGGGUCAUCCUGACAUCGCAAUACUAUUCACCUGUUUGGCGUUCUACUAUGAUGGCAUAAAUCUAGCUCAACUUCGACAAUCACUUGAACAUAUCCUCAAGUCCGACGACCCAUCAACCGAAUACGAUAACUGGACUCAGAGCUCUGAGAAUUUCCCUUCCUCCCUCAAAGCCUGGAACUCGAUCAACGUAGAUGACGAGAUGCAGCUUAGGGAGAUUUGGAAGGUUGUGCGGUACAACGAGGUAGUGAUCGAUUAUUUCUUGAACAACUUCGUGUUUCCACGACACGCCAAGCAGUUUGAGGUAAAACUUCAGGCCAAUGGCUGGGACAUUCCACUCUCACCCCUCGGGAGCACAACAGAGAACGACAAAGAGACAACAGGCAAACCACUGAGUACAGGCUUCAGUGGUACCAACGAUAAUAGAACAAUGCUUCCUUUGAACAUUCAACAACAAGAUCUGCCGAGUCUUCAUCACACAAGCGCUGAGGUUUUGACCUAUCUCCUUCAUCCUCGAAAUCGACGUUGCAUUCUACCCCAGGAUGUGAGAACUCUACACGUGGGAAGAGCCACCGAGAUGGAUCUCUUAUGGUGCCUUCAGUCGAAGUCCAUCCGUAUCCUAAUCGAUGCAGGAGCUCAGAUCUUGGAGAUGGACAACUAUACUCUGGUUCAGCAGUGGCUAAAGAUUGACCAUUUCGCUUUGGCAGGCUUAAAAACACCUCUCCUCGCGUCACCUUUUGCUGAUGACCUUUCAAACUGCCUGGUAUACCUUGAUGAGGCCCACACCCGUGGCACUGAUCUCAGGCUUCCUCCUAAAGCCAAGGGUGCCCUCACUCUUCGUCUAGGCCAGACCAAGGACCACACUGUUCAAGCUGCUAUGCGUCUACGACAGCUGGGAACAACUCAGGUUGUUUCUUUCUUUGUCCCUCCUGAGGUCCACCAGAGCAUCUCAGACCUGCAAAACAAGACUAUUCAUGAGCCCAUCGACUCAGCCGAUGUCAUCGAAUGGCUUUUAGACAACACAUGUGACCAAAUUGAGCAGCUACAGCCCUUGUACUAUUCACAGGGCAUGGAUUACUGCCGUCGAAUGCAAGCCGCUUUAGAUCACCCGGACUUCUUGACCGACAAGCCUCAACGAAAAGCAUAUGUACAGGCGAUUAAGCAAGACGAACAGCAGAGCCUGCAGAAUCUUUACGAGCCCAAAUUAAAGAACCGCGCCGCCGGCAUGCAGACAUCUAAUAACGCGGUUCUUAAAGGCUUUAUUCAAGAUCUCAAUGCAAGACGCAAGACCUUUCAAGAUAAUGGCCGAGCCGUUCAUGCCUCUGCUCUACAGGAAGUCGAGCAGGAGAGAGAGGUUGCCUUCGAGGUUGAAUCAGUGCGACAAGUCAAGAAGCCUCAGCACUUUGCUGCUUUCUCUUUCCCAGGUCUCAACGCCAGCCUCGAGGCUUUUAUCAGAACUGGAAGGCUUCCUGCAGAUACGAAUUAUUUUACUCACGUAUUCCAUGCCCUAUCAAAGACAGGAACCGGCCGCAAGUACAAAGUGCAAUCGAAGGUUACCAAAUCAAAAUUACUCGAGACGGCCGAGUUUGGCAGAACUAUCAAGCCCAAGGGAGACCUCUCUACUGAUGACUUCUUGCGUCCCGUUAAUUGGAUCAUUUGGAGCUCUGUCGCCGAGAUAGCUGUCAUUAUCAUGCCGGAAGAAGCUGAAGCUUUGAUUCCCAUCAUGCGGAACUCGGGUGUCCCCACGCAUCUUCUAGUCUACUCUGCACCAAUGACACGAAAAAUGCUCCGAUUCAACAAUCUAACUUUCCAUAGCAUUCCUCCUCUACCUAUUGACUGGAAAGCUCCAAAGUGGCUUCGGGUUGAGCUGGGAAUCUACGCCGGGCGCUUGUACUUUGAUUGGGACGAAUACGAUGCCAUGUGCUCCUUACUCGGAAUCCAGAGUGGCGAGCUCGGUAACCAAGUACAGGAUGAAGAGCCUACUGAGACUGAUACGGAUGCUGAGACAGAGACAUCUAAGCCACAAACUGACCUCGAACACAAGCUCGCCAAAAGUCCACUGACGUUUCUACAAGAGUGGCUAGCAGUCCGUCGCCAUGGGCAGGACUUCGCUCACAGCCCCAUGGGCUUUGUCAGCCAGGGCAAGCGUCUCCAAGAGGACCAUGUCUUCUUCAAGGCAGCAGAAAUAGACAAUGGGAUAUCUGAAGAGACUGUGCUAGCACCAGUUCGAUUGUCCAGUUCAGUUGAAAACGACGGGCAGGAUGAUGAUGGCUACUACGGCGUCGACGACAUGGGUGCCAACGAGGCUGGAGAUAGUGACUCCAGCGACGACGAUAAAAUCGAGUACGACGAGUCCGAGUACGCCAGCGCAUCAUCAAGCGACUGA